CCAAAAUCUGUUUUUUAAGAUAGCGCUUUGCCGCUAUUUGAGGGAAUGAAGAAGGGAAUGAUUGCAAAUAUGGUCCCUGGAUUAAACGGGCGGUUGUUAUUCUAGAUGGGCCGCGUCAUGUUGAGGGAGUAGAGUAGCGUAGCAAUCUGUCGAGUGAAAGACUCAUGUUUUCAGACGAGGUCUCUUACAAAAAAGAGCAUUUUCAGAAGUUCUCUUUUUUUUCGUGUUUUUCUCCUCCCAGGACAGGGAUUUGCGAAGAGCAGUCCGAAGACCCACUCUGUUGAAAAAAAAACAGCCCACUCUUUCGUUAUACAAAGAGUAAGUGCUCGCUUUUUCUGUGUUUCGUUCUUGGAGAAGUGGGAUUGCUAUGAUUGUUAUGCCGACACAAUCUUUACAUCUACAGCUAGCGUUGCGCUAAAUUGUUCGAAUCUUAAUUGUACAUUGAGAGAAAAUCAACGCGUUUUUUCAAGCUUUCCUGUUGAGGUUGGCAGUGUGUUACAUCGAAGUUCCUUUACAGCACGGAAAAAACAUCGCGGGGAACCCUGAUUCUGCAAGAUUCUUACACAGCGCGACAGUAGAGGGUAGACUUCUCAAAUUUUUAGUCAACGGAAAAAAAGAUCAAAAAUGGGUUACAUGACCGCGCCGUCCGCGAUCCACGCGGAUCAAAUCCGCGCGUUCUCCCGUUUGUUGGUUGACAAUGCGCCACUUCUGGAGCGCCACCCGCAGGAGGCCGUCCAGGCCAUCGAGAUUGGGUUUAAGUCUCUCCCGAAGGAGGAUCAAGUAGGCAUUGUGCAGUACGUCGAUCGCACUUUAAACCCGCCGGAACAUCCGUUCAUGUACAGUUCCUCCUCGUUGCGUAUGUAGCUUCAGAAGAAUGCUACCCCUGCAUGGGACAUGAUUUGCAUAUGGUCAUUUCCAUGUGUUGUCUUUAGAUUUUUUAGAAAAAACAAUAACCUGAAAGUUUUUCUCUCUGUUCGUGUGUCAAGAAGUUGGCAGUGGUAGUGAGUUUGCUUGAGCUCUCAAAGCAUAAUUACCAAUUAGGUCAACUGAGAACGGCGUGACCCUCGGUGCGCACGACAUUGUUGGGUCUACCUUCUUCAUCGCGAUGAACAUGAUGUUGGCGUUCACUGUCUUCUUUCUCUUGGAGCGCAAUACUGUCCCAGUUCAGUGGAAGCGAUCGGUCACUGUCGCAAUGCUCGUCACCGGAAUUGCGUACUUCUUAAAUUGGAAACUGAGUCUCUCUCUGCAAUUGCAACGGCAGAUGUUUGUGUUUCUAGGUGAUGAUGAUUAAUUGACCAGUAAAUUUAGAAGUGAAGUUCAAGUCUCUUUCCGUCUAAGAUGGAGUCGCGGACGAGAUUCGGCUGUUCGGCAACUCAUGGCCAUCUUUAGAUCAGUAAGUACGGAAUGAUUUAGAAAAAUUGGGAACUCAUAUUUUUCAGAUUCUGGAAUUACUUUUACAUGCGCUCCGCCUGGGUUAUUACGCAGCAAAGCCCUACGGUCUACCGAUACACUGACUGGCUUAUCACCGUGCCGUUGCAGAUCGUCGAAUUCUACCUCAUCUUGCAGGUAAUACUUUGACGUUUUGAACCAGGUGGUAUAGUUCUGCGGGAACUCAGAAGUCUUCUAUACAUUCCUGUAAUCGAACCUUUUUUUAGAUUUUCAGAACGAUUGCUUACACCUAAAAAGGCGACCACAAACGUUUCGAUUAUGCUGUUCUGGCGACUUCUGAUCGGAUCUCUCGUCAUGCUCAUCGGUGGUUUCAUGGGUGAGGUCGGCGCAUGCUCCGUCCUCGUCGGAUUCGUCGUUGGUAUGCUCGGCUGGUUGUACAUCCUCUUCGAAAUCUUCUGCGGUGAGGCAGGCGCAGUUGCCGGCAAUAGUAACAGCAAGGCGUGUGCAUCCGCAUUUAACACUUUGCGCUUGAUCGUGUCUGCCGGCUGGUGCAUCUACCCGAUCGGAUACUAUAUGGUCUACCUUGGCCCGACCUUCUCUUACCACGCCGAUUCCGUUGUGAACAUCAUCUACAACUUGGCAGGUAUAGCUACUUUCUUGCUUUUGCUUUUUCCAAGGAACAGAAUCCAGGUAGGAUUCCGUGGUGAAUGUGUAUGGCAGAAAUGGCGUUUAGAUUCUUUUGGUAGGAAAUCUCUUUUCAUUGAACGUGAGCACUUUGACAAAUUAAACUUCAGAUCUCGUGAACAAGGGAGCAUUCGGAAUUGCCAUCUGGGCCGCAGCCAAGAGCGACGUGAAAAAGGGACUGUUGCAGUAA